UCUCUUUCAAACGCUGCAGCUAGGGAGUUACCAUGGAAACAGGGCGGCAACUCUCCAACUGACAGCUGCAACACUGCGUCUCUCACUGGUGUUUUCACAAUUGGUCAAAUCGGUGUUGUUUUGAGCAAAUUAAUUGCAUUCCCGCUGAAAAACAAGCAUUCUAGCGUGAAAAUGCUUAGGAACUAAUGUGGUCGGAACCAAAGUUUACAGGACUGCGUUCUCAGGACUUCUACAUUUCGAUUGGUUGCCGCCCAACCGCGUCAUAGCUCAUUAUCAUAAAGUUGACCUGACUUCAACUCUCCUUGACGCCCUCGCCGUCCAAGACGCACCGCGCCGCUCUCGCCGGAGCUCGCCGCUGGCUCAUGUUGAAAAUGAAUGACUUCCGGCCACUUUGACGCUCUCGCCGGUGGCGGUGUGAACGCACAGUUACUCUGAGUAACAAUUCUACAACAGAAAAGAAGCUCCAAGAUAUCUAAAUUUCUGAAGGAAGCUGCUGACAGAGAUGUGGGAAACAUAGCACUUCGAAUGCACGCAAGAGGACCAAUCAGGAUCAACGUUCUUUGUCAUGUCUCCGGACUGCUCCAUAACAGCAGGAAAGAUUAAACAUAACGCUCUGACGAUGGCAGUGAUGGUAAAAUCAUCUGCUCAAAUCGAACCCUUCUAAGUUUCAAAAGGAGCGUCAGAAAAAAACCCUAAAACAGGGAAAGUUACAAGAAAAUUUGUAAUGUGAGCUGCUGACAGAGAUGCAGGAAACACAGGUGAUCUGAGAAAUCUUAUUAAAUAACUUUAUAUGCAUUUUUCACAAUAUAUUUCAACUAUAUCAUCAUGCAUCUGUAAAACCUAAAAAUAUGAAUUCUGGCAUCUUAAGAUUUUUUAUAUUAUUAUUAUUAUUAUUAUAUUAAUUAUUAUUAUUUCUGCAUUUCACCUCUGCUGUAGUUUGUUUAUUUCUAAUAAACCUGACAUUGUAUAGGGUAAAUGUACCUAUUAAGCUCACUUACCCAUUAAGCACACUUCCAUUUUUGAGAUCAGAUUAUAAAAUGAAAAAAUUAUUUAUUAUCCUACUUGACGUCUUAACCAAUUGUUACUAUAUACCUCCUAUAAUUUCAAGUCAGUCAGAUCAUUGCACACUGAGAUAUGGGUCUCCAUGUGUUCACACUAUCUGGCGGCCAUUUUGAAAGCUGUCUAAAAACUUUCACCAAAAGAGGAGCCCCUUAAAUGUGUGUUUUUUUUAGAUGUUUAAGCCUUUAUUUUGGUUAAGUUUCACACAAUUUAUGUUCAGACUUUUGCGUAUUAUAACCUGGAACUUAGAUGUGGGAAAUAAUUACAUUAGAUCCAAAAGAUAGUUUUAGCAACAUAGCUCAGAUGCUACAGAACACAGUUAGCUGACUAGCUUUAUGAAAUUGUGUGCUACGCUAACAAAUUUUAUACUGCUGUAAUUUUUUUAAGAUUUCAUAUUAUUGUAAGGUGAGCUUAAAGGGUGCACUGCUAUGAAAAUCACACAGCUUCAGUGUGACAUCAGUAAGAAAAAGUAUAAUUUUAUAGAUAUUGUUAAUAAUAGUUUCCUUUGUCUAGGCAUUCAGCACGCUGAGGAGGCUUUCGUGGAUGGUUCAUGUUCUUCUUGUGGGGACAUGACCAUCUUGGAGUUGCGUAAUAGACUCUGCUAUGUCAAACUCCAGGAGUCCCUCUGCAUCUGCCGCUAUCCAGCGUUCGUUCCUGAGUCGGUGCUGGAUCCGGUGGAGUCAGAGGUGAUUUGAGGAUUACGGUGAGGGCUUCCCCAAGAGGAGUUCCUCACCCCUCAAGUGCUCUGCAGCCGGUGGGGUUGCCGUUGUAGCGGGCUGGGACCUCUGCAGAGCGGGGUAUACCACCCGUUUCCUUCGGUGCUCCCCCUGACGACAUCAUCGGAGGGUGAGCUCUCUCUCUCUGGGGAUGACGACUCGGCUGCAUUGCCCCCUUCGGGUGUGGUAGCGUUGUCCGAGCCAGACCCAGAGAUGAUGGCUAUGCUUUCUCGAGCCGCCGAGAAUGUCGGGCUCAUGUGGAAUCCUCCACCACGUCCCGAUCCUUUGAGGCUGGGCGAGUGGUUUCUCGCGCUGAGAACCCCCUCCGGUGCUAUUCUUUCCGGAAGUGCAUGAGGAGCUUACAAGAUCGUGGAAGGCACCUUUCACUGCCUGAAACAAAUCUUGUGGCUCCUCCGCUCUCACCACCCUCGAUGGUGGGGCCGCUUUGGGGUAUGCGGGCAUCCCCUCGGUGGAGCGGUCUGUGGCCAUGCAACUGUGUCUAACAGCCGCUACCACUCUGCGGGGGGUGACCCGUGUCUCCCCUCGCGGGCCUGUAAGUAUUAGUCAGGUCUAACUGGCAGUGCUUAUAGAGCCUGUGGGGAGGUGGCUUCUGCCCUUCACGCCAUGGCGUUAAUGCAGGUCCACCAGGCCAAAGCCCUGAAAGAUCUGCACGAGGGUGGUCAUGACCUGGCGGUUAUACAUGAGCUGUGUGCUGCGACGGAUCUCGUGCUUCGAGCGACGAAGAUGACCGCACAGUCUCUGGGUCAUGCGAUGUCCACACUAGUGGUCCAGGAGCGCCAUCUCUGGCUGUGUCUCGCUGACAUGAAGGAGCAGGAGAAGGUACAGUUCCUGAAUGCUCCCGUGUCGCAGACUGGCCUUUUCGCCGAUGCUGUCGAGAGCUUUGCCCAGCAGUUCUCGGCAGCCCAGAAGCAGACUGAGGUGAUCAAACACAUCAUGCGCCGGAGGAAACCUGCUGCUUCCACUCUGGCUGCAGCCCCUCAGCCUGCUCGUCGUCGUGGGCGCCCCCUGCGGCUGCUCCCGCUCUCGUGCAGCGGCAGCAGCCUUCCACCAGGCUGCGUCGUGGAGCCGGUCGCAGGCAGGACGCCCAGCCCGUCCAGGCCCACACCAAACCUGGUGGCAAGCGCAAGUGCAAGAGGCCCUGAGACGGGUGACCCAGGGAUGGAGACUGCUCGUCGGGAGAUGGUGACCGCACCACUCCCUCCCCCAGAGGAGGGCCGGGUGGAGAAUCUUGUUUUGUUUUGUUUUUGUUCCGGUGCUGGUCCAGCAGCCAGCGGUACCCAAAACAUCAAUAAAAGAGCGGUUUCCUCAAUCUCUGGGUCUCAAGAGGAGGAGAGUGGUGAACCGUGCAUCACAGGAUCGCUUCCCUCCUCCUCUCUCGCCAGCAGGCAGCAGUGGGUUGCCCAAGAGCACCCCUCCUGCCCAUUCGUGGAACCAGGUAAGGGCGGUAACACUCGAGUCCCCGCUUCAAGUCGUCACACACCGGGCUGUCACAAGCCUCAAGCCGGGUUUCUGUGUUUCCUCCCUCACGAGGAGGAAUCAGGUGAGUGUUACACUGCACACCCAGGCCCCGUCCCCUGCCGUCACAGGCCAGGCCAUCACAGGUUCCGGGCCAGGUCCCUGUGUUCCACCUCGCUGCCCCACCGCGGGCACGUCGGUGGUCCCACUGGUCCCGCUGAUACGGUCUCUCGGAGCCUGGCUAGCACUCCCCAGUCCGUCUCUGUGGCUCCUGCGGACCAUCAGACUCAGCUAUGCGAUUCAGUUCGUCCAGCGUCCCCCCAAGUUCAGGGGCAUUCGGUUCAGUUCAGUCAAGGCUGUCGAUGCCCCUGUCUUGCGUGUGGAAAUUGCAGUCCUCCAGCCGAUAUGAGGUCGGGGUUUUACAGCCCUUACUUCAUUGUGCCCAAGAAAAGCGGUGGGUUACGACCGAUCUUGGAUCUGCGAGUUUUGAACCGUGCACUUCACAAGAUGCUGUUCAAGAUGUUGAUGCAGAAACGCAUUUUUGGGUGCGUCCGUCCCCUAGAUUGGUUUGCAGUGAUCGACCUGAAGGACGCGUUCUUUCAUGUCUUGAUUCUCCCGCGACACAGGCCAUUCCUGCGAUUCGCGUUCAAGGGUCGGGCAUAUCGGUACAAGGUCCUGCCCUUCGGGCUGUCCCUUUCGCCUCGUGUCUUCACCAAAGUCGCAGAGCCCUUGUUCCUCUGAAAGAAAAGGGUGUGCGCAUCCUCAACUACCUCGAUGACUGGCUCAUACUUGCACAGUCUCGAGAGCAGUUGUGCUCACACAGGGACCUGGUGCUCAGGCACCUCAGCCAGUUGGGUCUUCGGGUCAACUAGGAAAAGAGCAAACUCGUGCCAACGCAGAUGAUCUCUUUUCUCGUCAUGGAGUUGGAUUCGGUCAACCAGACAGCAUGCCUCACCCAGGAAUGUGCUCAGUCGGUGCUGAACUACCUCAAGACUUUAUCAGGCAGGACGGCAGUCCCACUGAAACUCUUUCAGAGGCUCCUGGGGCAUAUGGCUGCAGCUGCAGCGAUAGUUCCGCUCGGCACUGGCUCCAUGGCCGAGAUCCAAGGUGGGCGUGGAGACGUGGUACUCACCGGGUUCAGAUUACACCGGCCUGCCGCAAAACCUUCAGCCCGUGGACAGAUCCCUCGUUCCUUCGGGCAGGAGUGCCCCUGGAGCAGGUAUCCAGGCAUGCUGUGGUAUUCACGGAUGCCUCGGCCACCGGCUGGGGAGCCACGUACAAUGGGCACGCAGUGUCAGGGGUGUGGACGGGUCCCCAACUGCGUUAGCAUAUCAAUUACCUCGAGUUGCUGGCAGUACGCCUUGCCUUGAGCUGCCUCAGAGGGCGCCUUCGGGGCAAGGACGUUCUGGGCCAUAGGGUCAACACUGCGACUGUUGCGUAUAUCAACCGGCAAGGCUGAAGUGGAGACUCCAUCCCCAGGCGGUCCAGCUGAUUUGGAGUCGGUUCGGAGUUGCUCAGGUAGACCUGUUUGCAUCUCCGGAAACCACCCACUGCCAGUGGUUCUACUCCCUGUCUGAGGCAACGCUCGGCACAGAUGCACUGGCACACAGCUGGCCCCAGGGCCUGUGCAAAUAUGCGUUCCCCCCAGUAAGCCUGCUAGCAUAGACACUGUGCAAGAUCAGGGAGGACGAGGAGCAGGUGGGGAAGCACGAUCUGGUUGUCAGGUUUCUUAGGGGGGCCAGGAGGUUAAACGCUCCUAGGCCUCCCUCCCUACCCUCUUGGGAUUUGGCAUUGGUGCUAAGAGCCCUACAAACUGCCCCCUUUAAGCCUUUGCAGUCUGUCGAGUUGAAGUUUCUCUCUAUGAAAACCCUACUCCUGACUGCGUUGGCCUCGAUCAAGAGGGUGGGGGACCUGCAGGCAUUUUCGGUCGACGAAUCGUGUCUUGAGUUUGGGCCGGCUGACUCCAGUGCAACACUGAGGCCCCAGCCCGGCUAUGUGCCCAAGGUUCCUACCACUCCCUUCAGGGACCAGGUAGUGAACCUGCAAGUGCUGCCCCUAGCUUUGCUCUGUCCUGUACGCACACUGCGACAGUACAUGGUUGGAACUUAGAGCUUCAGGACCUCAGAACAGCUCUUUGUCUGUUACGGAGGACAGCAGAAGGGGAAGGCUGUCUCCAAGCAGAGGAUGGCCCACUGGAUAGUGGAUGCCAUCACCUUGGCCUAUGAAGCACAAGGUGUGCCCUGCCCGCUCAGGUUGCAUGCUCACUCCACUAGGGGUGUCGCAUCGUCCUGGGAGCUGGCUCGUGGUGCCUCGCUAGCAGACAUCUGUAGAGCUGCGGGUUGGGCUACUCCUAACACGUUCGAUAGGUUUUAUAGCCUACGUGUCGAACCGAUUUCCUCCUGUGUUCUCACCUCAAACGGGUAGUGGCACUGAGAGGCCUGGCUCAGAGUCGGCUUACGGCGUUCUUACGCCUAAUUCUCCAGAGAGUUCCUUAACCAGGCAAACCCUGUCGAGUCCUCCAGCACUCCGGCGUCCGGACGUGGCGGAGCGUCCGGUGCCAGGCCUUUCAGCCUAUGAAUUCUUGAAAUCUGAUGUGAGGCUAGUGCCCAUAUGAGAGACCCUGCUGGGAUCCCAUACAGUAUGUGUAUUCCACGGUAUGCUUAUUAGAGCCAUGUUUCCCCUGGCGGACCACGUUCUGCCAUCUCUAAUGAUGCAGCCUAAGCCAUCUCAGAGACUUCCAUGUGCGAUAGGGCCCUAAGGGGUUACUUCACAUGUCUAAAUGCCACUUAACCCCCUCUGGGAGGAGGUGACUCCGCAGUGUGCCUCUUCCGAAUGGAAGGACAUGCUUCCCAGUGAUUAUCCAAGUCCUACUCUCUGGGUUGCUCAAGAAAUAACAGUAGUUAACCUCCUCUGUGUAGAGCCCGGUCCUAUCCUCUGCCUUAUAGGAAGGAUCAGGAGGCCUACACAGGGUACUGGAAGGGGCAGCUCCUGUGGCGCUAACAACCUGAUCUCACAGA